GUACGAAGGCCUGGAUAAAUUCAUAAAACUGAAGCUUCGAUAUGUGCCAAAGUCAACACGUUUUGUAGCUGCCAAAGUUGCAAUGGAUGGUCUUAUCUUUGGGCCUAUAGAUCUACUGGUGUUCUUCACGUACAUGGGAUACGCCACAGGCAAGAACACAGCUGAAGUGAAAGAAGGACUCAAGAGGGAUUUUCUUCCAGCUCUAGCUCUUGAAGGCGGAGCAUGGCCGCUUCUUCAGAUUGCAAACUUCAGAUAUGUUCCCGUGCAAUACCAGUUGCUUUACGUCAAUAUCUUUUGCCUAGUAGACAGUGCUUUCCUCUCAUGGGUCGAGCAACAGAAGGAUGCAGCUUGGAAACAAUGGUUUACU